AUGUUCAUCGGUGGCUUGAACUGGGAAACUACAGACCAAUCGCUGAGAGACUAUUUCUCCCAAUUCGGAGAGGUACAAGAGUGCACCGUAAUGCGCGACAGUGCUACUGGUCGCUCUCGAGGCUUUGGUUUCUUGACAUUUAGGGACCCCAAGACAGUCAAUACUGUGAUGGUUAAAGAGCAUUAUUUGGAUGGAAAGAUUAUUGAUCCCAAACGUGCGAUUCCCCGCGACGAACAAGAGAAGACAAGCAAGAUCUUCGUCGGUGGUGUGAGCCAAGAAGCAAAUGAGCAGGAUUUUAAGCAGUUCUUCAUGCAAUUCGGCCGCGUUAUUGAUGCUACCUUAAUGAUCGACAAGGAUACCGGCCGCCCUCGUGGCUUCGGCUUUGUGACGUUCGACAGUGAGGCAGCAGUUGAAGCAGCUCUAUCGCGGCCCCUUGAUAUUCUGGGCAAGCCCAUCGAGGUCAAGAAGGCCCAGCCACGGGGCAACCUGCGCGAUGAAGAAGAGCGGAGGCGUCGUGGCCGGGAAGGUUUCCGCGAUGCAGGUCAGGCUGGCGUCGAUAGCUCUCAGCAACAAGGCGCUGCAGGCCAAGCUGGAAUGGGUCCUGGCAUUACUCCUCAGAUGAUGGCACAGUAUUGGCAGCGUAUGCAGCAAUACUUUACCAUGAUGCAACAGCAAAUGGCCGUCGCAGCCGCACAGGGUCAAGGCGGCAUGGGCGGUAUGGGAAUGGGUGGAAUGAACCCGGCCAUGAUGCAACAAAUGCAGAUGAAACAGAUGCAGCAGAUGCAAAUGGGCAAUAACCAACAGCAGGGAAGCAUGAGUCCUCCAUCGCAGAGUCCGACUCCGCAGAUGCAGAACAUAAUGAAUCCCGCAAUGAUACAGCAGAUGCAACAGAUGCAGCAAAUGCAAGGCCAGGGCCAAGGUCAAACCAACAAUGCAGCCACCGGAAACAUGCAAGGGCAAAUGGGUAUGGGCAAUAACGGCAGCGGUGCUGGCUCACCAGCAGCAGCAGGAGGAGGUACAGGAGGCAACUUCACAGGUAACCGUGGCGGACCUGGUUAUAAUGCUCAUGAACAAAUUGCUUUCGAGCAGCAGAAAUACGAACAGCAGCAGGCUCGUCGCGUCGUAGACAACCGCGGUUUCUCGCCGUAUCAGCAAGGCGGCCCGACCUCAUGGGAGGGCAUGUACGACGAAGUUCCCCAACCGAACAUCCCAAGUGGGCCUCAAGGUAUGACACGUGCCGGAAGUAUGGGACGUGGGACUACCCCUCAACCCCAGGGUACUCCGCCGGCAAACGCCCCGACGGGCCCUAAGAACGCUGGGAAACCCGGUGCCAACUACCGUGGGGGUGGCCGCGGAGGACACCGAGGCUUCCACCCUUACUCUCGGGGCUAG